CUUAGGAUCACAACUUGGCCUAACCCACUCACUAAACUUUCCGUCGUAUAUUCAAAAGUUCUUAAACUGCAAACCCUAAAGAGCAAAAGUAGAACUCUCAAGUGAUCAUAACUCUCUCAAGAAAGUGUAUAAAAUGGCUUUAGAGAAAUUUUGCACCAAACCCAGUUGCUUCUUUUGCCUCAUGAAGGAGCCAGACUCAUCGGCCAGGAGGGCUGCGAUAAAAGAGUACCUUAAAGGUGUGCCGUUUCUUGAUGAUGAAGAGCUUAUUCUAGUUGUGAGCGGGCUGUGGAACUUUGCAAUGACUCGACCCAAUUAUGAAGAGCUUCCCUCUCUCGGUAUCUUCCAAUGCAUGGCAGAUUUGAUCAACAGAGCUAUACAUGAUAGAACUUGGCUUCUCACACAUCAAAACAUCUAUAUUCCCUACUAUGCAGCCCACGUCAUCGGUUCAUAUACUAUGAACAAAGUUGAUUUUGCGGUUAAAGCUGUCGAGUCGGGGGUCAUACCACCACUGUUGGAGCUCUUGAGGGGGAAGAUGAGUUGGGUGGAGCAAAGGGUUGCCAUUAGAGCACUUGGCCACCUUGCAAGCUACGAAAAGACCUUUAUACACCUGGCAGUGUAUGAAGAUGAAGUCGUCACAUUAGCUAUGAACUUGGCGUCAUCUUGUUUGGAAGAGGUGUAUAGCAUGUUUGUGGGCGUUAAGGACAGGAGAAAGAGACUGGAAUAUCAGUGUGAUUUGCUUACAAGAGGAGUUGGAGGAGUGGAGACGGAGAACCGGAAGGCGGAGGAAUGGGCCAGCCAACUUCAGUGUUGGAGCAUACAUCUUUUGAACUGUUUUGCUGCGAAGGAGAGAUCUAUAAUUCUCAUUUGCAAGCAAGAAUUUCUCAAGGAAUUGAGUGAAAUGUGGGGUCGACUGGUGAAUCACUCAUCACCAGCAGGAGUUGGGCUGAUUAGAAUUUUGUGCUACAGUAAAGUUGGAAGAGAAAACAUCUCGAAAUCUAGACAUGUUGUUGAGAAUCUAUGUAAGCUCUCGAGAUCGUGCGAUGAUUGGCAGUACAUGGGGAUUGAUUGUCUUCUUUUGCUUCUCAAGGAUCCAGGCACAAGGUACAAAGUCAUCGAGAUUGCUACAUCGUACCUCGUUGAUUUGAUUGAGCUCAGAAAUCUUGGCAACAGGAGGAAUGUUGGUGAAGCAAUCACAAAGGCACUUGUCUAUGACUACAAACAUAAGAACUCAAAAAUCAAGAAUGCUGAUGUUAGAAGAGCACUGGAAGAAACAUGGGAUUUGAAGAUCGAAAGAAGAAAGAAAGAGCAGAUUACGUGCGACGAGAAGCUUGAAGGAAGACGGGUCGUGGUAAAAUUAAUAAAGCAACAAGGAAACCAUAAAUUUUUGGUGGGCGAAAUAGAAGAAGCACUUUUGAAGUAUAGUGAGGCUCUAGAAAUAUGCCCACUAAGACAUAGAACUGAAAGAAUUGUCCUUUACAGCAAUAGAGCACGAUGUAAUUUGCUGCUAAGGGAUCCGGAUUCAGCCAUCAGCGAUGCAACUAGAGCUCUUUGCCUUUCCAGCCCUCCAAACUCUCAUGCCAAUAGCCUCUGGACAAGAUCACAGGCCUAUGACAUAAAAGGGAUGGCUAAAGAGAGCUUGAUGGAUUGCAUUUUAUUCGUCAAUGUUUGCAUCAGAUCCAAGGCAGACAAUCGUGUAAAAAUUCCAUACUAUGCGGUCCGUAUGAUCAGCAAGCAGAUGGACUCAACAUGGCUGUUCCGGGCUGCGCAGCUUAAGGCACUGAGAAAACAGCCUGAGAAGGCCAAAGAACCGAGUGAAAACUCCAAAAGAAGCACGAGAGGGCACGUAAACGCAGAAACGAUGAGGACUCAUCAACUGCAAAACAAGAGCUACAUAUCAGCAUUGUCUACAAUUUCGGAAGAACCUUUUGCUGGAAAAGAUGGCAGUGGGAGGAAAAUGGUGGAAAGGGCUGAAGGAAGAAACAAAAAUCUCUAGACUCCAACUAUUUAAUGGUUAUUAUUAACAAUAUGUGGCAGAUUGUGCAAGCUACUGUUAUUUCAUGGAGCCCUUUUGUGGUAUGCUGACAUUAUUACAUUAAAUUUCAUUACAAUUUAAUUUGUCCACCUGUUAGUGUCAGUACACUUUUCUUUCCAUUAAUAAUGAAAUUCUCAUAAUGAUCUCAUAAACAA